UAUAUAUCCACUGCUUAGCCACAAACCGGAAUCAAUGUCUACCAGAAUCUGAGCCACUUUCUCUAGUAUGUAACCGCAUUCUGCUCUGAGACCUCCAAUACAACAAAGACUCUGUGCGAGGCUAUCGAAACUUUUACAGUCGUAUCCAAUUCAUUGAUGAUAGAAAACAGCCCCAGCGUGGUGACGCAGUCUUCUUAAGAGAAAAUACUGAUCGCAGUUACCAGGGCAUGAAACAAAAUGGACAUUUGUGUGGUCAUUCUUGGACUCUUUGCCUCCAUUUUCAAGACAUUUGACGCCACAGAUCCAUGUUCAAUUCCACGGACAGGUUACGAGAGUUUUAUUACAGAUGUUCCCGAGGAUACACCUGUAGGAUCCGUAUUAGGUAAAUUGAAAGUAUCUGGAGGACCAAAUGAAGUGGAGUUAACCCAACAACCAAACGAUUUUCUCUUACUUGAUCAAGCAAGCCGUAAUAUCACCCUUAAGACGGCUCUCGAUACAGAUCAUGGAACAAGUACUAUCAUUCUUAAAAUCGAGUGUAGCAUCAGAAAGGAAGCCAACUCGCCAUCGAUUCCGCUGAUGGUAAGGGUUAUUCUGGAAGAUAUCAACGACAAUCCACCUAUCUUCUCACAUUCUAAUUACAUCAUAAACGUUACUGAAGAUACUGCGCUAGGGAAAAUAAUUUUCGGAGAUGCUGUAGCGACUGAUGCUGACCAGAAAGGUGGUGGAAAUGACCAGAUUUCUUAUCGAAUAAUCUCCGGUCCGUACUCAGACUAUUUCGACAUCGAGUACCCCUUAUAUCCCGAUAUAAAAAUCAGGAGACCACUUGAUUUCGAGACUCUGAAGAUGAUGACAGUCGUCAUUGAGGCGAAGGAUAAUCCGAUACGUGGGAUGAGCAUGAGUACCAGCGCCACGUUGGCCAUCAAUGUAAUCGACACCGAUGACUUAAUUCCAACAUUCACAUCAGAAUUCUAUAACGGGAAGGUAAACAUCAAUGCCACUAGGGUAAGUGUUCGUUAUGAGUAUUCACGUCAUUUUAGUGUAGAGAACUGUAUAUUGCGUUGGAUUCAUUUUGUGGUUUCUAUGCUAGAUUUUUAUAACAGGUGAAGAACAUGUAGCGAGUCUUAAA